AAAGGUGCGCUUGUUGUUGCUGUAUGUGAUCCACCUAUGGACUACAUUAGAUAGAGCUCUAUGCCAGAACCAUGAUGAAUGUAAACAGAUCGGUCUUGUUGUCGAAAUGUGUCGGCGUAGGACGUCGGCUGCUCGCCGGUAACGUUGUGAGGCAUGCUGGGAAAGAAGUGGUGCAGCUCCAGCAGUGGAGGAACUUUAAAACGCACUCCAGAAAGCUCGCGUAUGCCAAGGACCUGUUCCUCGGUCAGCUCAACAAGGAGGAGGUCUUCCCUUAUCCAGAAAUUGGAAAUGAAGAGUUGGAGGAGAUCAACCAGCUUGUUGCACCCGUUGAAAAAUUCUUCAAUGAGAACGUCGACUCAGCGAGGAUUGAUCGAGAAGCCAAAAUCCCUGCGGAGACUUUGAAUGGGCUGAAGGAGCUCGGGCUGUUUGGGAUCAUGGUUCCUGAGGACUAUGGGGGUCUGGGAUUGUCCAACACCGUGUAUGCUCGACUGGCGGAGAUCACCUCAUUAGAUGGCUCUAUAGCUGUAACACUGGCUGCACAUCAAGCCAUUGGACUGAAGGGGAUUCUGAUAGCGGGAAACGAAGCUCAGAAGCAGAAGUAUCUUCCUAAACUGGCCUCGGGAGAACACAUCGCAGCUUUCUGCCUCACAGAGCCUGGAAGUGGAAGCGAUGCAGCCUCCAUUCAGACCCGCGCCACUCUGUCAGAAGACGGGAAACAUUACCUGAUCAGCGGCUCCAAGAUUUGGAUUUCAAACGGAGGCAUGGCAGAUAUUAUGACGGUGUUUGCCAGGACGGAAGUGGAAGUAGAUGGUGUGAAGAAAGAUAAGAUUUCAGCAUUUAUCGUAGAGAGGGCUUUCGGGGGCAUCACCAGCGGCAAGCCUGAGGACAAACUGGGCAUCCGGGGCUCCAAUACCUGUGAAGUGUCUUUUGACAACGUCCCAGUGCCAGUGGAGAAUGUGAUAGGAGAAAUAGGUGGUGGAUUCAAGAUCGCCAUGAACAUCCUGAACUCAGGGAGGUUCAGUAUGGGCAGCUCAUCAGCUGGAAUGAUAAAGAAACUGAUUGAAUUGACCUCUGAAUACGCUGCAACCAGGAAGCAGUUCAACAAGAGCCUGGGUGAAUUUGGCAUGAUUCAGGAGAAGUUUGCACUGAUGUCUCUGAACGCCUUUGUGAUGGAAAGCAUGGCGUACCUGACAGCAGGGAUGAUGGACAGACCGGGCCUUCCAGACUGUUCUCUGGAGGCUGCCAUGGUUAAGGUGUUCAGCUCAGAGGGAGGCUGGAUUUGUGUCAGUGAGGCUCUUCAGGUCCUCGGAGGUCUGGGUUAUACCAAGAACUACCCGUACGAGCGCUACGUCAGGGACUGUCGCAUCCUGCCUAUCUUUGAGGGUACCAAUGAAAUCCUGAGGAUGUACAUCGCUCUCACUGGAAUGCAGUACGCAGGCAAAGUCCUCACAGGGAAGAUCAAGGAGAUGAAGAAAGGAAACAUCGGCCUGGCUGUUGGGAUGUUAACCAGGAAACUGAGGACCUCCAUGGGAGGAAAGGUGGACCUCGGCCUGACAGGAAAAGAAGGAGUGGUGCAUCCCAGCUUGACAGAAAGUGCAAAGAACCUGGAACAGAAUGUCAGCCUUUUUGGAUCCGCAGUGGAGAGCCUGCUGUACAGAUAUGGAAAGACCAUCGUGGACGAACAGCUCGUCCUGAAGAGAGUAGCUGAUGUGCUUAUCAACCUCUACGCCAUGACCGCCGUCCUGUCCAGAACCAGCCGCUCCAUCAGCAUUGGGCUCAGGAAUCACGACCAUGAGGUGCUGCUCGCAAACACAUUCUGCUCCAGUGCUUUCUUUCAGAACAAUUACCUGAUGACUCAGUUGCAAAAACACUCUCCUGAGAACAAUGAUGCCAACAUUAAGAAGAUAGCCAAGGAAGUGUUGGAGAACAGAGCCUACGUCUGCUCUCACCCUCUGGAAAGAACAUACUGAGCCCUCCCAUGUCACCAUAACAGUCAGUCCCUUUACAUGCAGCUUCCCUUAUAAUUCAGUUAGGCCAUUUAAUUGGACUACAGUUCCUGUCUCAGCAUACAAGCAGUGGCAGAGAUUUCAUUUAUUGAGGAGAUAUACUCCCUUUCAGCUAGUUGCUAUAGACUGAAUCACAAUGUUUAUUUACAUUAACGUUGGGGUAGAAGACCACCGCAUCACGUCCAUGUCAUCAAACAGCGCUGAGCAAACUCUACCUUCAUUGAUCAGUUUGAAACCACCUAAAAAAAAUCAAUAUCAGUUAAAGUGAACACUAUAUUUAGAAUAUUUUCACCGCUUUACCUUGCUGUCAGACAGCUCUUACUGACAGGGAUUUGAGAAUGUUAUAUCAAAAACACCAGACUCCAUUGAGAAAAGGUCAUUUUACUUCACUGAAUGGCGGAGCUGCUGCAUAACCGCUGCCUCCAUCAGUUGCUGUGGAAGGUAAAGAGGAGACAAGAUUCAAAUAUAGUCAACCCUUAACUGAUAUUGAUGUUUUUGGUGUCUAAAAUAUGUUUUGCUGCGGCCCCGUCCACAGCCGGACGUCAUAGAAAUGUUUCCUUGUCGGCCCCUACUUAAACUUGACCCAUACCCUCUAAGGUACUGUACUUUAUUUAUCAGAGGAGGGGGUGGCUGUGGUGUUACUUUAUUUAAAUUAAAUACAAAAUACUACCAUUU